AUGAAUCUUCAUAUUGAUGAAAGAUAAAUACGUUUGUAUUGUAGGAUAGUAUUGUAUGAGCUUUGCUUGAGCUUUUUAACCGACUUCAAAAAACAGAGGAGGUUCUCAAUUCGUCGGGAUCUUUUAAGUGUCGGAUAGUGCCCUGCAUGUGAAUAUUUAAGUUUUAGUGAACACAUGUUACUGAAAUCCAGAAAAAAUGGAGAACUCAUGGACAGAAAAAAUUUGCACUGACUUGGUAAAAGUAGAAAUGGAUGAAGGUAAUAUUGGUAGCUUCAAGGAUGAACCUGCUGAUUAUGGAAACAAUAUGAUGAUCAAUGCCAAUAAUAUUAAAACAGAAAAUCAUGUUAAACCAGGAGAUGAUGAUGACGAUGAUGAUUCAAAAUAUGAAGCAUACAAUUUUCUGGACAAUGAAAUAGAUAUAAAGGAAGAACCAUUAAAUUACAUGAAUGUACAGCCUGUGACGAGGAUCGUUUCAGAACAAAAGAAAAAUAAACGCAAACACAAAGGCCCAGGGUCACGCUCAAAGAAGAUUAGUUGUCCGAUUUGUAACAUUCUCCUUCAUACCCCUUCCAUGAAAGGUCACUUAGAGAAGCACAAGAGUGGGCAAGACUUCCACUGCAUACACUGCCCUUACAGAACCACUACUAAGAGCUGCUGGCAAAAGCAUCUAUUAGAGGCACAUAAUUUUUGUGUAACACAAGCAUACAAAUGCACGGAGUGCGACUAUUCAACUGAUACACGGCAACACCUGACGUCGCAUCUCCGCAAACAUAGCACCGCUGCGGACCACAAGUGUGCUAUCUGCGACUUUGCGACCAAACACCCGGUGGCACUACGCAGGCAUAUGGCCCAGCAUUAUUCAAUAGAGGACAAACCAAUUAAACUGAAAGAGAAGAGAUACGAAUGUACCGAAUGUGACUACGUGACGAAACAUCGACACGCGCUGAAGAGCCACGUCGCGGGCAAACACAGCAAUGUGACACUCGAGUGUAAUUUCUGCGAAUAUGAAACUAAAUACACCACUUCCCUACACAGACAUACAAAGAUGCAGCAUAAAGACGUAAUAAAUGAAACUUCUGCACAGAUACCGAAGAGUUUCAAAUGUGAACUGUGCAGUUAUCAAUCGUUUUUCAAACAAAAUCUCAUGAGCCAUCUGAAAAGACAUGUGACACACGCCUGCAAUAUGUGCAGCUAUGAAUGCACUGAGCAAAGUGCUCUGUCGAAACAUAUGGAAGAGCAUAGCAAAGUAGAUACGUAUCAGGGAUUGGAAUUCAUACAUGUCCAGAGCGUAAAAAUGGAAAAACAGGAUGAGAUCAAACCUGAAUUAGACUAUGAAAAUAAAACAAAAAAAUCUGAGAAAAAAUUACAAUGCGAGCAUUGUGAGUACUCCACGACUUACAAGAAUGCACUCAAAAUACAUCAACGCAAACACGAUACCGUAGAACCAACCAAAUGUGAUCACUGUGAAUACACCACCAAAUACCCUACGUCCAUGAGACGACAUAUCGUCAUACGGCACUUAAACAAACUACCGAACCCAGACCAAGAAGUGACAGGCCUCACCGACUACAAGUGUGAAGUGUGCGAUUACAAAACUUACUACGAGAACAACUUGAAAAAGCACAUGAGAAAGCACAGCGUCGACAAACCGUACAAGUGUGAACUCUGCAGUUAUGAAACCGCGUAUCAGAGUUGCUUUCGCAAACAUGAGAAGUCACACGGUUCGGGGUUCCAGUGCGAUAAGUGCGCGUUUAACACGAAACACGAAGGCAGGAUGUCGUGGCAUUUGCAAAAAAUUCACAAACAGAGCAUAGACAAUGCUCACAAAUGCCCCUACUGCGAUUUCUCAACGAAAAAUAAAUUUCGACUGACAAUACACAAGCAACGUAGUUUACAGACUAGCUCCGUUAAAUGCUUACAUUGCGAGUUUGAGUCGUUGUACAAGUGUGAAAUCAGACAACAUAAGACCAAGCAUUAUAACAUUACUGGCGCAGCGAUAGCAGAUGUGACUCUAAGCGAUACUGAUCUUAUUGAACCGGAAAAAAACGGAAAAAUACCAGAGACAAUAAUACCACCUGAACCUACAGAGUUUCUUCAAGUAAACAAGGCUAAGAAUAAAGAAACUGACUACCAAACGCAUUUUGAAAAUCAAAUUCUCGAGCCAACAGACGUUGAAGAUACAGCGGUCGAUUGGAAAAGCAUCCCGGUUACUGAGAACCGACAUGAAGACAAGCCGUUCUCCUGCAAAAACUGUCCAUACUCGUCAAGAUUCAAGGCAUCUGUGCAGAGGCAUUUCCAACGUCACCAUUUAAACCGAGCCAGGCCGUUCCAAUGUAAGCGCUGUCCCUUCUCAACGUCCACCAAAGACAGCUUAGCAUUGCACAUUAAGCGGAGCACUCUUAGCUACCCGAUGGCAUGCCACUGUAAACAAAUGACAACGCUAUUCAAAUGCGAAUACUUGACACAUCAGAAGCUACACAACGCGUUCAGAUGCUCCCUGUGCCCGUACUCUUGCAGGCAAAAGUAUGAUUUAGAGAAGCAUCAUUUGAUACAUACGGGGUCCGGGAUGAAAUGCCGGUUCUGUGACUAUACAGCGGUCAGGAAGCAAAGUCUGUUGUGUCACGAGGCCACACAUACGGGUGAUAAGCCGUAUAAGUGCACAGAAUGUGAAUACGGGUCAAUAAGAUUGGUGUCGCUUGAGAACCACAUGAAAAGAAGUCAUAGUGGUGUUAGUAAAACAACUGAGUUAGGUAUUGUUGUUGUAUAAAACUAAUGUGAUUACGGAGGCGAUUGUGUAGGCUCCAAAUUUAGUUUUAGCGAUGUAAAAAUCUAAAAUUCUCUGUUUAGAAAUCGACGCUAGACAAUCAAAUUCAUAGAACAUAUUGUAAAUUUACAAAAGGUUAAUUUACUUGAAACAAACGAGUUUCGACUCUUUACGUCAGUCAAAAAGUUCAAUUCAAUUCAAUUUUGUUUUUGUGGCUCUCUGACUGUGUGUGACUAACACUGUAGUCAAAAAGUUAAAAUUUGUGUAACACAACGGCAACGUCAAUUUUAAACCUAUUGUAAAGUGUCAAAUAGCUCUAAAUGAAAUUUUCCAUUGAAAAAAAAGAUAGUUUGAUAUAGUUAUACGUACUUAAUUAAAUUUUGUGACUUCAGAAUCAACUUAUAAUUAUGUUUAAGUAUGUUGUGAUGAUUGUUCUUCUUUACCGCUGCUCCGAGGAGCCUGCGGCCGUCAUCUGUGAUGAUUAUUAUUGUAUAAGUAAGUACAUAAAUAAAAUGUAAAGAUGAAAAA